UAGGCUCCGCCUGCGAUCACGGAGCAAAUCUCCCAACACAAUUCGGCUGCGCGCCACCAUUCGCCCCGCCCGCCACAAAAUGGCGGCCACACUCUGAGGGGCUGCUCGAGCCCGUUUCCCUAUUGGCUAACUCAGACCACCUGACGCAUGCGCCGAGCGCUGAUUGGCCAGUGUCCUGAGGCGCGAGGUUGCCGCCCUGAAGGCUUAGCCAAGAUGGCGGCCGCGGGGCCGCCGCUGACAUGGGAUAUUCCACCAAAAAAUGGCCAAGAAGUAUUUUUCUCCCAUGAACUUUACGAGAAACAUUCCUUAUCCCUGAGCCUCUCUGAACUCUGGCAUUUAUCACACAGAAAGGCAAAGAAAAAUGCAGAGGCUUUGGCAAACUCUUCAGAAAAGAGGCAGGCUGGUGGCCUGCAGGCUGCAGAGUCACCUGAGGGGGAGGCUGAAGGCCCAGCUGCUGAGCAUCCUCUCCCAGAGCCCAGACUCCCCUAUCCAUUUACCUCUUGUUUGACUGAAAAGGAGCAGAAGACAUACUUGUACCUGAUGACUAAGUUCUCAGACAAAAGAAACCAUUUCCAAGUUAAUGAAGCAAGUCAAAGGGAAUUUUUCACAUAUAUGCAAAUGAAAGAAGUAGUAAGCAAUGAAAUUGCAGAAUUUAUGAAAUUUGCCCAAAACGCUGCAAAGAGCUGUGCCCAGGAUUAUGAUGCCAUCUCUGAGGAUGCCCUACGUUACACUGAGGAAUUGCUGCGUGCAUGCAUUGGGCAUGUGCAGAAGUAUCCAGAGGUUUACACCCUGCAGGAGAUCACGAGUCUCAUGGGAGGAAAGUUUCACACACAGCUGACCCUUAGGCUGGAAAAAAAUCUUCUUGCAGUGGGUACAGCAAGACGUGCUAAAACAGAUUUCCCUUCCAUGCCUGUUCAGCUGCCCACAGACUAUGGCACUGUUACAUCUAUGAUAACCCCAGAAAAAAAGGCUCAUGUGAUGCAUAAUGAUAUUAGUUCAGAUUCAAAUGCAGAAAAACUUGCUUUGAAAUAUUGUCCCCAAGUUGUUUUAAGUAAUCAAUCAUUAUUUACUCUACUGAAUAACCAUGGACUGAACUACAAGGAGCAGUGGGAAAUUCCAGUUUGUGUUAAAAUGAUCACUGUUGCAGGUAGCAAACCAGCUAAAGUGGUUUAUGUUGAUCCACCUCUGCUGAGAAAAGAAAUGACAGUACGAGAGAGGAAUCAAAUGUUCCAUGAAAUUCCAAUGGAUUUCCUAGCAACUAAAACAUCUUAUGUUCCAAUUUCUGAUGUGUCAAUGGACAAACCAGCUGAGGACAGCCUGCUUCAGUGGGAUGUGUGUCCUGACACCUACCAGUGCAGGACAGUUCCUCCUCCAGAUGACUCAGGGAUGGACUUCGAUGAUGAUCUUACAGAGCUUGAAACUUUUGGAGCAACAACCAAGCUCUCAAGGACUUGUAAAAUGGAAACUGCUUGUCCUACAGCUAGUAACACUGCUAAAACUCUGUCUCAUGGCCUAAAAGUGGGGGGGAAGAAUUCAUCUGCCAUAAGCAGAGGAGGUGAAGAGGAGAAAAGCACCCUUUGUGAGCAAGAGCCUUCAGCACGUGCCAGCGUGCAGCUUCCACCGUUGGAUGGCGUUGCAGGCUGCAGCCCUCAAGGACAUUCUCCUUGGAAAAGCUCUCAGUCAGUGGAGGUAGGGCUGGGCAAAGCACAGCAUCUCAUGGCCAAGGAAGUAUUGGACAAUGAAACAAAAUUAAAUCCUCUGCCUGUUGCAGUGAGUUGUGAGCAAGAGCCUGGUGGUGCUCAGAAGAGAGAGCCUUGCACUUCUUUCUGCAGCAGUGACACGGAUGAGGAGCGCUUGGUGAUUGAUGCAGAGUGUGACACCCCAGCUGUGCCACCAGCUGCUUCCUCUGCCUCAGCACAGACUGCCAGCUCUCCUUGCCCUGCCCAGAGCCCUGCAGCAGGCAGCACUGACUGCUCCCAUACCACACAUCGGGGCAAAAGAGCCUCCAGGAAACCUCCAAGGAAGUUAGCCAGAGAAUUGGAUCCUGUCGGGCAAAUUUUGAAAAUGCAAACUGAACUCCUCAAGUCCCCUUCCCCAAAAGCUCCUGAGCCAGUGGUGAGCUGGGAUAGCUGUGAUGCUGUGCCAGCCCAGCUGCCUCAGUCUCCAAGGGCACUGGUGACCUCCAGCACAGAGGCUGUGCCAGCCCCAGCCUCCAGUGCCGCCAGCUCCUCUAGGAAUACCUGGACGUGGCUUUUUGAGGGAGUGCCAAAGACAAAGCUGCCCAGUGCACUCCAGCUGCUUGAGGAAGACCCCUCAGAGUAUGAGGCACCUGAGGAGGGCAAUGUUGUGUACAAGCUGUUCAGUUUGGAUGAUCUGCUGCUGCUCGUGCGCUGCAGUGUGCACAAAGUCAGCUCCCUGACACAAUACCAGAAAAAGAAAAAAGCCCAAAAGCCAACUCCCAUAUUCCUGUUGCCAAAACUGGAGUACCAAGCCUACUAUGGUGUGGAAGCUCUUACAGAAAGUGAAGUGUGCCAGCUGUGGACACAGAGCAUGCUGCAUUCUAAAUGCUUGUUUUAUGUUGGACAUAUUGAUGCUUUUACAUCGAAGCUUAUUAUGCUAGAAAAGAUUUCUUCAGCAGCUUUAAGAGAAAAACUUGGACUGAUUAAACCUGCAAAUUCCUUAAAUAUACUUCAUCAUGUUUUGAAGAAGGUGUCCAAUUUGGAGGAGGGCUCUUAUUUAUUGACUCACGCUGCAGGAGAUUCCUCAGUUGCAAUUUACAGGAGUUCUCUUGACAAGAGCACGAGAUCAUCCUACAACCUGCACAAAGCUCACUGGGAUCUGCCUGCUGUCCCUGCCACUCUCUCGGUGCCGUGGGUUCCCCUGGAUCCCAGCCUCCCUUUGCCCUACCACCUCCUUCAUGGCAGAGUUCCCUGCACCUUCCCACCUGCACCCUGGCAAGGCUGCAAACAGAAGAUGGCAGGGGUGAAAGCACAGCUGGACACAGCCCACGAGGGAAGGCCAGGAGCCAAAGGCAAGCCAGCCAAGCCUGCUAGAAAUGAAGGUGUGGCUCCAAAGAAGCUGAGGCAGAAUUUCUGCAAGCAAACAAAAGUGAAGAACAAGUGGAAAACUAAAUUCAACAAAAUGCAACCAAAGUAGGAAUAAGCCUGGAGAAGAACAAGAGGACACAAAAAAAUCUGAGGUUUCUUGCAGCUUCAGAGGAGCCAGAGCAAGCUGGCAGGGGAAAUGGCUCCAAUGGCUGGAGCAUUCUGUAAACCUGUAACCCUUUGCUACCUCAGGGGACAUGUUUCAAGUGAAAAUCUCAAAUAAAAAAGAGGUAAAAAAGGAUGUGGCUGCAGGCACUAGGCUGGUUAUGGGGAGCAGUAUCUUCUGUUGGUCUGGUGACUUUUCUAUAAAAGCUGCAUCUUGAGUGGAGCAGUGGCUGACAACAGCCUCUAAUAGCACAUAACCAGAAAAAGAGCUUUUCAGCUUUCCCAGUUCUUCCAGAUUCACUACAGAUUUUAAAGAUAUAUUUUACUUUGUGCAUUUGUACAGAUUUUAAAGAUAUACAUUACUUUGUGUACAGGAGGAACAACUUGGAUUUAACUAUUUAGCUUUUUUGACACAUGGUGUCUACUGGCUUUUAACAACUUUGAAAAAUACAAUUUUCUUUUUAGAAUGGUGUAACAAAUGAAGGACAAAAGCUGGAUGUAUUUAAGUAGUAAGGGCCAUAAAUUUGCAUUGGAAAACUUAAAAGUGCAGCUAAACAAGUAAAAUAAUAACAGGAGAGCUGCAUUUUUGCAUGUUUAAACUGCUGUCACAAAAAGCAAAGGUCUUGAAGGUGUUCUUCCCAGUCUUUUGUUUGGAAUGAGGAAGUUACCAAUCUGAUCAAGCAUUCUUCUGCUCACUGGGACUUGAUAGGACAUGUUUUAAUGUCAUGAGGGUAAAAAUAAACAAAAAGCUUUACUGGAGUAUAGCUGCUGAAAAAUCCUGAAGGUAGGGAUUUUUUUGAAAUCAGGCUUCAAUAAUGAAUAUAUAUUAAAAACUUCUUUGUGAAAUACAAAGCAUUUUCUGAUGGCUUUUUUCCAACUGUUAGAUGUAUUUAUUCAGUUAUUCAGUUUAUUCCUUUUUUUG